CACACGUGACCACACGCGGAAGAACACCGAGAGUCUUUUAGUGCUGCGACAGUGUCUGAGCUCACCGAGCGUGGAGAUGUCCCAGAGGAGCGCGGGCUCGGGCGCGCGGAGGAGCAGGCCCGGGCGCUCCCAGGUUAUACUGGACGACGAUGAGCCCGACGUGUCCUCGCAGCCCAGCUCAUCGCAGGUCCAGCGAGCAAGGUGCAGCUUCACGCCCCAACAGAUAGAGCAAAAGGUGGCUGAGGUGGUGCAGUUUAUUCUCAUAAAAGACCAGAAGAAAAUACCCAUCCGUAGGGCAGAUGUCGUCAAACAUGUGGUAAAGGAAUAUAAAGGCCAGUACCCAGGCAUCAUAAGGAGGGCUGGCCAAACCUUUGAGCAGGUCUUUGGGUUGAACCUGGUGGAGAUAGACUCUAAGAAUCAUGUUUAUAUCUUGGUAAACAAGCUGCAUCCUCUUCCUGGGGAGCCAAUCAGCAUGUGUCCAGGCAGCCCCAAGACUGGAUUACUGUUUGUGAUUCUCAGCCUUAUCUUCAUGAAAGGAGGCACAGUUAAGGAAAUUCUAGUGUGGAAUACACUGAAGAAACUGAGAGUGUAUGAAGGGGUGAAGCAUGAAGAGUUUGGUGAUGUAAAGAAGUUGGUCACCGAUGUGUUUGUUAGGCAAAAGUACCUGGAGUACGUGCGGAUCCCUCACACAGAGCCGCUGGAGCAUGAGUUCCGCUGGGGAGCCCGGGCAGAGCAGGAGGUGUCCAAGAUGAAACUGCUCCAGUUCAUUGGGGAGCUACACAACGAGGAACCUCAAACCUGGACACAACAAUACAGGGAAGCAGCUUCUGUUGAAAGCAACCCAAGAUAGUGGAAAAGAAUGAGAUGCAGGGGUGUGUGUGUGGGGGGUGGUGCAUAGGUGGUUGUGUAGGUGUGUGUGUGUGUGUGUGUGUGUGUGAGAGAGAGAGCGAGAAAACAAAGAUGUUGGAGGAAACCACAGUUUCUUCUAACAAGUGAUUCUUAUGGUGGGAGAGUGGAU